CGCCGGAGUGCAGCCCUGGCGGAUGGCGGGCAGCGGGCGCUGGACAUGACCCGCCAGGACGACGGCGCGGGCGCUGACCCUGCCUCCGCCCGGCUGCCCUCCGGGAUGGCCCAACCGCUGUCGGCGCUCUUCUACGGAACCUGCUCCUUCCUCAUCGUGCUGGUCAACAAGGCGCUGCUGACUACUUACGGUUUCCCAUCACCAAUUGUUCUUGGAAUUGGACAGAUGGCAGCUACCAUAAUGAUACUGUAUGUGUCCAAGCUAAAUAAAAUAAUUCAUUUCCCUGAUUUUGACAAGAAAAUUCCUAUAAAGCUGUUUCCCCUACCUCUCCUCUAUGUUGGAAACCACAUAAGUGGAUUAUCAAGCACAAGAAAAUUAAGCUUGCCGAUGUUCACCGUGCUCAGGAAAUUUACCAUUCCACUUACUUUACUCCUGGAAACCAUCAUACUUGGGAAACAGUACUCCUUGAACAUCAUUGCCAGUGUCAUUGCCAUCAUUCUCGGUGCUUUCCUAGCAGCGGGUUCUGACCUUGCUUUUAACCUGGAAGGCUAUAUUUUUGUAUUCCUGAAUGAUAUCUUCACAGCAGCAAAUGGAGUUUAUACCAAACAGAAAAUUGACCCAAAGGAACUAGGGAAAUAUGGAGUGCUUUUUUACAAUGCCUGCUUCAUGAUUAUCCCAACCCUUAUCCUUAGUGUCUUCACCGGAGACUUUCAACAGGCUACUGAAUUUAACCAAUGGAAGAAUGUUCUAUUUAUCAUACAGUUUCUUCUUUCCUGUUUUUUGGGGUUUCUGUUGAUGUACUCCACGGUGCUGUGCAGCUACUACAACUCGGCCCUGACGACGGCGGUGGUUGGAGCCAUCAAGAAUGUAUCCAUUGCCUACAUUGGGAUGUUAGUUGGUGGAGACUACAUUUUCUCUGUGUUCAACUUCGUAGGGUUAAAUAUUUGCAUGGCAGGGGGCUUGAGAUAUUCCUUUUUAACUCUGAGCAGCCAGUUAAAACCUAAACAACCUGUGGACGAAGAAAACAUCCCUCCAGAUUUGAAGAGUUAGACUCUGGGGCAGAAUUGCAGACUGACCUGCAGUCGGGUGGGUGAGGGGGGAUAUUCUCAGAAUGAAGAAUGGGACUCGGGACCACCCCUCCUAGUUAAAGCAGGCACAGGAGUGUCUGCACAAUGCAAAGAGAAUCUACCUCACAUGUCACUGCACAUCGGAGCCAUCAUCGCCCUGAGAAAUGUCUUCGGGCAGAGCCUUACCAGCUGGAAGGGAAUCUUCUCAAAAAACAUAAGCCAUUGGUUCAAAGGAUUGUUUCCAGGGGUCCUGAGUGGUCGGUUGUGCCUCCGAGUCUGUGCUGCUGUUCACUGGUACUGCGUGUGCUUAGGAUGGGGUACAGGGUCGAUGCUGUGAGGAUGCUUAUUUUUGUAUCAGCACCUUCGCCUGACUUUUAAAGAUCCCAGCCAAAGCAAAGUGCCAGUAAGAACACUUUUGCAGUUUAAACAGACACAUCUUUAUUUUCAAUAAAAUUAGCCAGUUAACUGCCAGUAGAGUUAUCUGUUACCUUUGAUUUUGUCUGACAUGUUGGUAUCUUUUCCUAAUCAUCGGAGUAAAAUAAAAAUAAUUUAUAUG